AUGUCAUCAUCACCUUCACCAGCACAUACACCAUCUUCACCUCAUACUCCACCGCCUUCUUCACCCACCUUCAAAUUGAUCUUACCUACUCCACCUUCAUUCUUAGCUCAUAGAUCCCGUUCGUCUGAAUCGACUAAUAUACCAAGGAACACUUCUACGAAUGACCUAAAUACAAGCAGUGUGCAAGUCCAUGAUGAAGACCAGGAGGACGAAAUUGUGAAUACGAAAUAUCCUUAUCCCAGUUCCAAGAGACUUAGUAUAUCAUCUAUUGAUGAUCCGAUCGUACAAGAUAAUGAAAAGAGAGAUCAAAGAAGAGUUUCAUUUUCAGUCAAUACCAAUACCAGCACUGAUAAUAGAACCAUCUCGAGACCAAUUUCAAUCAAAUCCUCUUCUUUCCAAGGUAGUCAUGAAGGAGGAUUGAAAUCACCAUUAUAUAAGAUUCCACAAAGACAGAGUACGAGUCAAGAUACCAACAAUACGGAAGAAUUAAUCGAUUCACCUGAUAUAUCAGAUACCCAAUCGCAAGAUCAGAAUCAGAACCAAAAUCAAAGUACCCAUAUCCCUAAACGAAGACCAAUCUCGUUUCAAGGGAUUUCACCUUCUUCCCCUAUUACCAACACUAAUACCUCACCUUCGAGAUUCGCUAGUACAGCUGCUGCAAGAGGAAUCUCAAUCGCUCCAUCUUUAUCUAAAGGUGGUGCAUUUAGAUCAAUUUGGUCUGCUGGUAUCAUACCUUCAACAAAAUCAGGUUGGAUGUCACCACCAACAAUCACUUCUCCUCCCACAAGCGCAGGACCUUCAAUCUCACAAGCUAUGAGAAGCGCUGCUAGCUUGAACAGCUGUUUAAACUCUCCAACAACUACUAUAGGUACAGCUACUGUAGUUGCAAAAGCCAGAGGGUUGAGUAUAGCCAUCAUCAAAGAAGGUGGGAAAGGUGUCGUACCCAUCACACCGGGAUUAACAAGUGCGGGUACAGGCUUGAAGAGUCCCAUUGGAACAGGCAUGAAAAGUCCGGACGCUCAAGUGAUCAGAGGAGGAUUGGAAAGUGCCCAAGUUACCGCUGUACCUGAUACUGCUGCUAGCAAUGGAAAGAAAGAGAUCAUAUUGUGUAAAUUCUAUCAUACACCUGGAUUGACUUGUACUUCUCGACCAUGUCGAUUUGUUCACAAUCUAUCUGCAAUCGUACCAACUUCAGCAACUCCAGCUACUGCUUCAGGCUACCUGAUGUUGAGUCCUACUCAACCAGAUCCUACUUCAGGUACUUUUGCACAAGCUCAAAUGACUCUCUCCGAGCAACCCUCCAAAACACUCAAGAUAAGUGAUAAUAUGGAUCUGGGGGAUGUCAUGCCUGGAGAAAAGGUCUUGGUGAAAAAUGAAAACUGUGAAGAAGUAGUCGGACAAGUAUUUCUCAUGAGCGGAGGUGGGAAAGGUGCAAUGGGAAAAAGCAGAGAGAAAUGGAAGACUGUACCUUGCAAAGACUACGCUGAAGGUCGGUGUCCGUAUGGAGAUUAUUGCUCCUUCAUUCAUGACGAGAAGCUCCCUUCCGGUCUCCUUACUGAGGACGCCAAAGCCGAACCUGAAUCGAAGCCGGCAAACGCAGAGAACUCAGAAGAACAGAAGAAAACAAAGCGACUCACUCAUCGCAAGUCUGCUUCUCUUAGUAGUUCUCUCUCGGCAUGGACAAGAGCUUUACCCAAAGCUAUGCUCGUCCCAUCUGUCAAAUUUGAUCCUCAAGCAUUGAAAAAGAUCGAGACAGGACUUUCUGCUUUCGCUCCUCCUUUUCUCAAGGAGCCCUUGUUAGUCGAUCAAGAAGGGGGUCUGGUCAAUCAGUCCACACUCUCUGCUCCUCGAUAUGAUACCAAAGCGAGUUCUCCUCCAGCACGACCCAAAGAGCCAGUAGCAAUACCCAUGGAGCCUACUGCCACCGCUCCUCCAAAGAUCAAUCUGUGGGCUAAAGGUCCACCACCAAGUCUUCGAAAAUUAGGGUAUCCCCAGGAUGUUUCUUUACCAUCCCACGAACUCUCCUCGAAUUUAGCUACUCUACAAGAAAACCAAACUCCAACAUCUGCCAGACACCUCAUGCCACCAGUAUCUGCUAUAUCAAUGUUCGGUACAGAGUCAGACCCAGCAUCACCAUUUGACCCUGUCGUUCAAAGAAGGAAGAUGCAAGAAUUGGAAGAUGCUUUAAACUCACAAGGGGAUGAUUCCAUGUUACCAAAAUCUAACUUAUCUCAUAUGUACUCGAAUGAUCUAUUUCAACCACUUCCUUCACCUCCAUCGACGUAUAACGGCAAUGGAAGUGGUUUUAAUUCUACGAGUUAUCCUUGGGGCAUGCCAAUGUCACCACUACCCGGACACCAAGACCCCUCAGUUCCCCUUAUUCCAGGUGGCUUGGGAGUCAUGUGGACACCUGCAGGUUGGGCGGUGCAGGAUGCCGCUAUGAAGAAUGCUUUGAGAUCAGCCGAGGUCAAAGCUAAGUAUGGUGAAGAUGUGAGGAGGAGAACAGCCAAAAACUACUUUAGGACCAGGCCAUGUAAAUUCUUUGCGGAAGGAUUCUGCCCUCACGGUGCGGAAUGUACUUACAUGCAUUUCCUCACUCCUCCGUCCCCCGACCAAUCAUCUUCUGGAAGUGACUCAGGCGACAUCCUAUCAUUUUCAGCCAAGAAACAUCCCAAACAUCAAACGCUACCAUGCAAGUUCUUUAACUCAUCUUCAGGUUGUCACAACGGAUCUUCAUGUGCUUUCUUGCAUACCAGGGUGGUUCCCGAGAGUGUAUCAUUGGUUGAAAGGCCCAGACCAUGGCGAACUAAGCCAUGUAGACAUUACCAACUUGGAAGAUGUAGUCUAGGUGACGCAUGUCAUUUCGCUCAUGUUUCGGAUCCAGCUUGGAUCAAUUCAGGUAUCAACCAAAGAGAGAUAGAAGGGAACGGUGGUAGUUUUACCGAAGAAUCUUUGGAGAGGACUAUGGAAGAAAUGAGAAGAAAUGCAAGACAAUGGAGAGAAGAAGAUGAUGGAGAAGAUGACGAUGUCGAGAUUGUCACUACUGUUGGAAAUAUGACCUUUUCCUCACAAAAUUACAGUCCAUCUUCAUCCGGUCGAAAGUGA